CAGGAAUCCUGACUCUCUCUCUCUCUCUCUCUCUCUCUCUCUCUUACACACACACACACAUACAGACACCAGACACACACACACACUCAUAGACAGGAAAGAUUCUCUCUUCCACCACACCAGACAGCAACUUACGCCUCUCUCUCUCUUUCUCUUUUUCUCUCUUUCUUCUCCUUCCCCUCCACUGGCAGGUGUUAGGAAUAAAGCCAUAAAUAGCUGGGACAAAGGAAGCAAGUAUGGAGGGCAAAUGUCUCUUACCAUGAGUUGUUGGGCAGAGAGAGAGAAAGAAAGAGAAAGAGAGAGAGAAAGAAAUACAGACACAGAGGGAGAGAGAGAGAGAGCAGGACCAUGAGCUAAAAGGGAAGGGAGCUGGCAGAGGGAUCUGCAUUUUAAGUAGCUACAGCAGACAGUGAUUGGUUUCCCUCUUUUCAUGUUCUUUACGGCUGUGUUUUCUUCUGGGGCGAGACAGCAGAGCCGAGGAUCACACAGCAGCAGGACUUUGGACCCAUCAUCUUGACCAGCUUCCAGCGGCGGUGUGGCGUGUGCAUGGAGGACUGUGGCAGUGUGUGGCAGAGCAGGGGAAACGGGAACAAGCCGAGAGGAACACAAGGCAAUCAUGGAUAGUGCUGUGUCUCAGCCAGACGCUCGCAUGGCCUGGAUUUGCAUGAUGAUGCUGGCCCCUGUCCAGUGUAGGAGCUGCUUACACUUAUGAGCUCAUAUGUGCUGCCUAAGCCAUGCUCCCUGGCUAUGGAUUGUCCCCUCUCCCUGACUUCCAGCCUCACCUCCACGCUUUCCGUUGCCGAGGGGAGAGCUCUGCCAUGUGGAUCCCUGGCUCGCCUGAGGCCCAGGUUGCUCUGAGCAACUCCCGGGAGAGCGGGCCUCUUCUGCGCCAGCACAUUGCCGUGUGCCAGCAGGAGACACUAGCCUUCAUUGACCUCCAGGAGCCCAGUACUAAUGGCUUUCGCUCCUCGUCUUCGCUGGGGAGGCGCAGUUCCUCGCCCUGUCUCCCAGGUCCUCCUCAAAACGAGUCCUCGAUAGACUGUUGCCAGAAUGGAGGCACGGUUGCAGACACAGACCUGAACCACAAAAAUCUGAACCGAGAAAGCCACCAAGAGAUAGAGGAUGCUCAGAAUAAUGACGGAGAACCUUGCGUGGACCUGCUUAAGACAGACUCUGAGAAACUCUUGUCCCAGACUUGGGGUGUCAACCCCAGAGACUUGUUCCUUCCUUUGUCCCCCAUGUUUAUGGACCCUCAGCAGCCUGACUCGCCCUCAGAUCUUCAGAUCCCGGAUCAGUUUCGUUUACAGAGACGGACAUCACAGGGAGCUUCGAAGGAGAAGUCUAUACGUCGUAAAAUGAGGGUAUACUCACCCGACAGUCCGAGUGACGAGUCUCUAAGCAGCCCAGGACUGGAGUGUGACUGCCUGUUCCCUGGAUCAUUUGAGUCGUUUGUAGAGGGAGAACUGGGCAUGGUGGGCUCUACCGUCCCCACAUCGCAAAGCUCUAGCCCCUUGUUAGAUCUGGAUGAGGAUCUUGUGCUUACCUCCAUCCCUACACCUCCACCACCUUCCUCUUACUCCCCUCAGGGACACACAGGUCUGGAGGAGACAAAUGACGGGGAGCGGGCGGAGGUGAACCCAGGGGGCAGCGAGGCUCCGGAAGGCUCUGUCUUUCUAUCUGGGACCUCCCUGCCACUUGCGAACCCCCUCCCCCUGCCCCGGGCCCGCUCGGCAGAGCAUGAGCGCCGGCGCUUCUCUGCCUCGGAGCUCAUCUCCCGUCUGCAGCUCUCACAGAGGAAGAACUCCUUCACCCUGAGGCUGGGCAAGUCGCUGUCCGCCCGCGUGGCCUCCCGAGACCGCCAGCCCUCUGGAAACCUCACUGUUGACUACAAACCCAGCACCAGACAGCGCCUUUCAGGAGGAUCAAGCGACAGUGCGCCGCACAGCCCGGUGGGAGUCGCACCACUGCUGCCCUCUGCUGACAGCACUCUGCCACCGCACAGAAGGAGCUCCAAGCUCAGUAUGAGGAAAGAUUCCAUUGAUGAAGAUGGAGAUGUUCCUCCCAGAACUUCCAAACGCUUGUCCCGCUUUCUGCCCAGCUUGGUCCUGUAUCAAGAGUACAGUGACGUGGCCAUUAACAGAGAGAUCCAGAGGCAACAGGGGGCAGAACCUGGAACUGAUGAGGACAGGGGUGGAGACUACCCCUCCCCCAGCAACCUCUCCCCCUCCAGCUCCUUCCGCUCCUCACGGGGCUCGGCCUUCUCCCUCUGGCAGGAUAUUCCUGAUGUGCGGAGCAGUGGAGAGCUGGACAACUUCAGCAACGAGGAACGCAAACUGCAGGAGGCUAAGUUUGAGUUGGUGACAUCUGAAGCCUCGUACAUCCGCAGCUUGUCCAUUGCGGUGGACCACUUCAUGAUGUCUGUGGAGCUGACUGAGUGCCUGGGGGCUCAAGAGAGACAGUGGCUUUUCUCCAAACUGCCUGAUGUAAAGGACGUCAGUGAGAAGUUUCUGCAGGACCUGGAGCACCGGUUAGAGGCAGAUAUCCUGCGCUUUGACGUGUGUGAUAUUGUCCUGGAACACUGUCCUGCACUUCGGAAGGUCUACCUUCCAUACGUUACCAACCAGGCUUACCAGGAGCAGACCUACCAGCGGCUCCUGCAGGAGAAUCCCCGCUUCCCUGGAAUCCUGGCCCGUCUGGAGGAGGACCCCAUUUGCCAGCGGCUCCCUCUAACGUCAUUUCUCAUCCUGCCUUUUCAGAGGAUCACACGUCUUAAAAUGCUGGUAGAGAACAUCCUAAAGAGAACAACGCCUGGUUCACGAGACGAGGACACUGCCACCAAAGCUUUUAAUGAGCUGAAAAAGAUUAUAAAGGAAUGUAACUCCAGUGUACAGUCCAUGAAGAGGAUGGAAGAGCUAAUUCAUCUCAAUAAGAAAAUACACUUUGAGGGAAAGAUCUUUCCUCUCAUCUCUCAGUCUCGCUGGCUGGUAAAGCACGGCGAGCUGUUGGAGGUGGACACGCAAACCAUGAGCAUAUCCGGCUCCAAACUGAAACUGCCUACCCGACCAGUGUAUCUGCACCUGUUUAACGACUGCCUGCUGCUCUCCCGGAGAAAAGACACGUGGAAGUUCAUGGUGUUUGUGCACGCGAAGAUCGGCGAGCUGAAGGUGAAGGACUUGAGUCAGAAGCUUCAGGGCAUCUCAGGCUUCAUCUUCCAUCUGCAGCUAUGUGAAGGCCAGCAGCUCAAACAUCAGAUCCUGCUCAAGUCUCAGACAGAGAGUGGUAAACAGAGAUGGAUAACAGCCAUGUUUCCUCCUGACCCAAAGACAACCAGUGAACAGACCAAUGAGAAUGAAGAUCUGUCUCAGGUUCAGUGCAUUAAGAGCUAUCAGGCGCAGGAGCAUGAUGAACUCACACUGGAGAAGGCGGAUAUCCUUCAAGCUAAAACCAUUACGAGUGAUGGAUGGGUGGAGGGGAUCCGGUUGUCUGACGGAGAGAGGGGCUGGUUCCCCAAAACAUACGUGGAGGAAAUUACAAGCCGCAGUGCUCGCUUACGAAACCUCCGCGAGAACAUUCGCAUCAAGUGUGUUACUCAGAAACUAGAGGGCGAGUCUCAGUGAGGGCCUGUCCUGCUGUACAGUACAACCUUUUAUUUAAUUCUUGCUUUAUAUAAAAAGAGAAAGAGUUUAUUUGAUGUUAAAGUUAGAGUCUCAUCACCUGCAAACAAAAAAAAAAGGUUUGGUUGUCUGAACAUCUGGAUGUGGAGUGGAUUUCCAGUGGUGGGCAGGCAUGUUCAAUACUGUAGGUGCACUUCAAUGGAAACUGAUGGAAAAUGGGGAUCAUUACAUCGUCAGUACUCUUACAUUUGCUUUCUCUUUCUUUUGCUGUUAGAAUAUGUAGAUAUGUAGCAUUUUAAUGGAGCACUACUUACUGUCUUACAAUCAUAAAAAGGGACGUUACAAAAGAGAACAGCUAAAAUAUCUGGGUUAAACAGGUAAUAAUGAGGGGAAUGGCAUAUGAACAGAGCUUGUACUUGUGCUGCCUUCAGGUCCACUUUGGAAGUUCAUACUUACAUACUUAUUUUGGAUCUUACAAUAUUGAGAUGAUUUACGUUCAAAUAGUUUUGGCAAAGGUUUUUUGUAUACUUCUGUUUUUUGUUGCCAACAGAGAGCAAUCAUAUAUAGAACUACAAACAGAAAUCACAGAAAAUGUUAUAAGAAAGUUUAUCAGCUUUUUGAAAAGGUUCCAGGAGGCCUGUUGUUACGAAUGAGGAGGGAUGGACGUAAGUGCAGAUAUAAAUGUAUACAUUUAUUAAACAAUAUAAAUAAAAACAAAACAGAACACAAAACACGGGUAGCGCAAAAAACUCACAAAAACAAGACUAGAAUAUAUAUAUAUAUAUUAUAUAAAGACUAAGAGAAACUAAGGAAACAUGAAAUUAAAAACAUAACUCUUAACAUAGAAUAACUAGGAACACUUACUAAGAUAAUAAAACAGACCUGGAGUGAAGAAACAGAGAUUAAAGGAAUGCAAACUACAAAACCCAUAAACAUACAUACAGAGGACAUGGAGACAAAAGACUCGACAAGCAAACACUCAUACAGAUACUAUUUAUACACGAGGGUGAGGACCAGUAAUGAGGGGGUGGGGUUACAAACAGGACACAAGGUGACAACACUCAUGGCUAGGGCGGAGACAGGAACAAAAACACAACAGUAGCACAUGGCUGGAAACAGCUUUCAUACAAGAGACCACAACUAGACAUUUUAAAAUGAAUGAGAAAACGAUGGAAUGAGACCUUUAAAAUAAUUACAAUAAUAUUGCUUCUUGCAAUUACUUUUAGAACAAAAUAUCAUCAUGACCAUAUUAUCCAAAAAAUGUAGCUAUCCAAACAGGCCUAUUUGUAGCAUGUUAAGUCAUGUGUAGGCGAAAGUAAACUGUUAAUAAAAAAUAAUGCGGUGUUUAUAUAUAGCUAACUUACACAUAACAAAUUUAAAAUAUUUAUUUCAACAUUUAUAUUGACACAUUUGAUUAAAAAAGUUAGAGUUACUCGAAAAAAUAAAAUUUCUCCACUUGUAAAUAUGAAUUUGUUAUGGUGUUGAUAUGUUUCAUCUCAUAAAACCCAAUAAUUCCAACAUGGCUUGAAGGCAGCACUAGUUUGUGUGUUUGAAUAUGGCUCCAUUGCACUUCAUUAUAAAGGAGGAUUAAGUAACUAAGUCAUUUCAGUGGUUGUAACAGUUGUAAAUAUUCAAAAUUUAUUUCUUCAAUGAUUCAAUGUAAUGUUGAACUGAAUUUAACUGAUUUAAGACAUUGCUGUUGCAAAUGAUUGGUCUGUUGUCCACUCCUACUUUUACAAACACUAUAGAUGCAUCUCGAUGACCAUUAUUUAUGACAGUAGGAUGUGGAUAUUUUUUGUAAUUUCUGUUUGGAGAAAAUACACUUAUAUAUAAUUAUGCUGAGCAUGGUCUAUAAAAGCACAAUAGAGAUAUAUUUCUUUGUGUUGCAUUCUUGUAAAUGUUUUAUCUUUAAAAUAAAUGCAGAUAUCUGAAACCA